CCUCAAUCCAAUCCCAUAUCACUCUUUCACCUAUCCACUCAAUCCUACACAUUCUUACACUAUUAUAUAAUUUAUUCCAUAUCUUCCAGAUUCCACUACAAUAGUGUAAACUGUACCAUAUUUUAAUAUUGUACCAUAUUAUAAUACUGUACGAUAGUGUAAAUAGUGAGAACAAUUGUGAGAUGUUAAGAAUGUAUGAAAGAUUAUUGGUGGUAUUGUCUAGGGAGCGGAAUAUAUAUUUUAAUUUAUCGUUGGAGAAUUAUUUAUUGAGUACUUUUUCCACUGGAAGGCUGUGGAAUAAUGUUAGUAAUUCGGCGUACUCGAGGGUUUUGUACUUUUGGAGAAACUCACCCGCCGUCAUCAUUGGAAGGAACCAAAACCUCUACUCAGAAUGUAAUUUAAACAAUAUUACACAAGAUGUCAACAUCGUCAGAAGAUUCACAGGCGGUGGCGCUGUCUACCAGGACUUGGGGAACUUGUGUUUUACGAUCAUUUCAGACUCCAAGACCCACGACUUCAACACGAACUCUCAACUCAUCUGCUCAGCUCUAACCAAACUCAUUGGAGUCCGAUGUGAUCCUACGGGUAGAAAUGACAUGUGUGUAAAUGGUCUUAAGUUUUCCGGAUCCGCAUUCAAAGUGUUACCUAACGCUGCUUUACAUCAUGGAACGUUGUUGAUAAACAUAAAUAAAGGUUCCUUGGAGAAGUACUUAACACCCGAAAAGUCCAAACUCGCCAAGCACAAUGUGAAGAGUGUGGAGUCAAGAGUAACUAACUUGGCUCAGUUCAAACCUGACAUCACACACCAAGAAGUCUGUGACUCCAUCAUCAGUGAGACCGUCACACACUUUCAAUACACACACAGCGAAUUGUGGGAAGUGGAUCAGACUAGCGAAGUGUGCAACGAACAGGAGUUCAAGGAAUGUUACAACAAACUUACCGAUAGAGACUGGAUUUAUGGGACGAAUUUGAGGAAUGAGAUGAAUGGGAUGAAUGGGAUGAAUGGGAUGAAUGUGAGGAGUUUGAGGAACAGGUUUGAGUUUGGGAGUGUCGAGUUCUGUCUGGACAUAAGAGACAACCAAGUAGAAAAUGUCUUCAUCUAUUCCGACAUGCUAAACGCCGAUUUCAUCCAACACUUGAUCAAGAAAUUCAAUAAAUCCCCAUUCCCAAACACUUUUCAGGCGUUUGAAGAGAUUCUCAAUUCCGUGGAAUAUCCAAACUGUGAGGAAUAUGUAAGACAAAUCAAGGCGUGGCUACGAGAAUCUUUAUGAUUAAUAUUAUACAUGUGUAA